AAAGCAUGAGGGGUGGAAGAGGGACCCUGGGUACUUGCUUGGCAAAUGUAAAGAGGUCACAAGGAGGUGACUUGGACAAACUAUCAUGCGGCCUUGAGAAGAGAAGCCAGAAGGGGAGCCCCAGUCCAGCAGAUGUGCCUUCCUGGACAGAUCAGCCUGCAGCAGAUACUGAUGGAAAGUCACAGGACACAGUGGUGGCAUCCUUGGAAAUGAAACAUGAUCAGAGUGAGGCUGACCUCAUACUUCACAGUGGGUACAAAGUGCUUCAGUAUCUGAAGGAAUCAAUGGGAAGAAAUUUGGCUCCAGUAGCCUCCGUAAGCAAGAUUCUGUCAUCUGCUUCGGAAGAACAUCUGGCUGGGGUAUCCUGUGGCAUCGGAGAUGCACUAGGAAGUAACUGGCCAGGAAAAGGGCCCAGGGCCACAGACAGCUGUGGACGGUACCCCAAAGGAGAGUCCUGGGUGUCAGGAUGGCCAGGUCAUCCAAAACUGAGGGAAAUGGGUUUCCUGAAGUGUGAACUGCUAAGUGCCGCUCCUGAGGGGCUGGGCACGAGGUCGGAACUGUCUUACCCAUAUUCUGAGCUGUGCCAGCUGCCAUAUGCUUCUGCCCAUUAUGAAGUUCUCCCAGAAGAUGAGACAAGAUGUGUAUCCCUCAACCGUUUAAACCCUAUGUUUUCAGAGCAAACAGUAGAAUAUGAGAAAACUCUCUCAAGCUUAAAAAGUACUUCAGAUGGUCUGCAGAUAGUCGUGAGGGUCACUGGCUCUGCAAUCCUCCAGAUUAGCAAGUCUGAUGCCAUAGAUAAGGUACAGGCAGAACAAUAAAAAUAGCAGAUUAAUUUUAAA